CAAGACCGUUAUCAUAACUACCAUACUCAUCGCAGCUUUGGAUCUCAACAUCUUUUUCACUUAUCAGUACAUAAGAGAUCCAGUAACAGGGUCCGAAAUCCUCCUGGCCUCCUUUCCGAGUGCACCCGUCGUGGAGCUCCUGGCCUCCGGAUUCCAGCUCAUAUUCGGUACAAUCUGUCCCUUUAUCGUAAUUCUCUUUUCCAACACAUGGAUCAUCCUCGCCGUCCGAAAAGCAGCCAAAGAACGCACCAAAAUGGGCACAUCAGAAAAACAUGGCGCCAAAGCUGAAAAGGAUACGGCACAUUUGACGCGCAUGCUCAUUCUGGUUAGUGCAGCAUAUCUGGUCAUGUCAAUACCGUACAGGCUGUAUUACUUCAUUUUGGACAUACCGGGAGUUGCAGAUACGUACAGAAUGGACACCACUUACUGGAAUUUGCGUUAUAAUGUCCAAUAUUGGUUUUUGGUUGAUGUCUGGUUUUGUAAUUACGGAAUAAAUUUUUAUCUUUACUGUGCCGGCGGUGGGAAGCGAUAUAGAACGGAUACUAAAAAUGUCAUCCUCAGAAUGUUCCGGUGCUUCUCUUUAACGUCGAAAUAGACAGAAGCCAGAAAUCCGGCCAUCAAUAUUUGGCAAGGUUACCAGGCCCUAAUGCCUCCGCACCAUGCGUUCGUCAAUGCAUCAAUCCCAACAAAGGUGAUCGCUGCACGGAGGACUUACCACGGGCUCACUUGGUCCCAGUCGGGAUCAAAAUCAGAAUAGCAUGAUGAGUCAAGUCAUGCGACGGUCUGCAACUAUAGAACAAACAACUACAUCUGGAAACUGCAUGUACACAAUGCACUGAAUCACGGACUUGUCAUUGACUUGAGAAUUACCGAUGUAAUCAAUGUCCGAUUAAUGUACACUAUUAUCACGGACUUGUAUAUAUAGGUCCGCGUUGUUAUUGUUGACAUCUGCUCCCUUGUCCAACACGAAAAUCUUUAACAAAUCAAUUGCCACAAUCUGUCGCAGACGACAUCUGUAGUCUCGCGCACUCAGUGACGGUGUUCAUGUCAUUCACGCUGUAGAAUGCAUUAUGGUUGCACGUCACCACAUCAGACACGGGCAAGAUUAUCAAUUAAAUAGCGCACCAUAUGCCACGUUGAGUGUAUCAUUUAAAUCAGUGAUUUCAUCUCCAUAUACAUGUAUUACACUGUGUGAUAUUGGCCCAAAAUAAUGGAUAAUAUUGCCAGAAUAGUGCCGUAAUUGUGCUCAUCAUUGUUCCACAAAGUAUUCAAUUUUUCAUGAAAGCGACAGUUUAUCAUCAUCUUGAUUACAAAUCUACUUGAUUUAUCAAGAGCAUUAAACUUUUGGAUUACAGAUUUAGAGACGAAAAACUCGGUCACAAUGAUAAACUCUAGCUCGCCAUCGAAACGUAAUGUUAUUUCUAAACUCCAAGGACAACCCUUGCAAAAAAGGCGCUCGAAAUACCGCUCAGGACCCAUACUAUUAAUAAUCUUUGGGACUUCUUUCGUAUGGGUUUUGGUGGACUUGAUGAUUCUUCUCAGAUUCAUCGACUCGGGAGAAGGAGUGGGAUUUGGUCACUUUGGGCCCAUCCGACAGAAAAAUAACCGCGAGUUGCGGGAGAGAGGUGCCAUUAAUAAUGCUGAGGAACAGGCGCUUGAUACUUUACACAGUGGGGCAGGCGACAGAGGGGCUAAAGAUACUUUUAAAGAUAUCAACGGCAUGGAUAAGGCUGAUGCCAUCGAGUACAUCAGGCGAGCCAAGCUCAAGGAGAAUUUGGAAAGCAGGAUAAAAGGUCUGGGUGAAUGGCUUGGAUUGCAGAAAAAACAGGUUCAAAAGACUGCAGACGAGAUUAAUAAAAUGCCAGGACGAAAUCGAAAUGAUGGUAAGGUCAAGGGCGAUAAAGAUCAAGACGACAUGAAGAAUGACGCUAAGGAAGAAGCGAAGAAGGAGUUGAGUGAAAAGGUAAAGCCUAAGCACGAUGAGAGCAAAGAUGACAAACAAAAGAAAAAUGAGAAGGAGAAGGAGAAGGAGAAGGAGAAAGAGAAGGAAAAAGAAAAGGAAAAAGAGAAGGAGAAGGAAAAAGAGAAAGAGAAGGAGAAGGAGGAGAAGGAAAAAAAUGAAAAGGCUUCCAACAAGGACAAGGAAAAAGAGAAGAAGGAGGCUGACAAGGGAGUCCACUACAUUGAUCCUCAAGGGAAUGAAGUGUUUGGUGAUGAGGACGAAAAACCGGACACCAACUCUGGAGAAGUAACGCCAAUGAAUGCGGAAGCUUUAGCAAAGUUUCGAGAGGAGGAGGCGGUAGCGCGCAGGGCAAGAAUAGAUGCGGAAUGGAAGAAGAAACAAGCCGAGAUAGCUAAACUGAUUGUGAUGGCAGGCCCAGAAGACAAGGAGAAAUUCAAAAGAAGAGAAGAGAAAAAGAAAGCGGAAGAAGCGGAUUUAGAUCUGCGAAAGCAGCAGGCGUUUGAGAUAGAAAUGCAGCGGAAGUUGAAGGAGAGGCUGAGGAAGGAAAACGAGGGCGAAGAAAGAGAACGACAGCAAGCUGAGGCAAAGGCGAAGCGCCUGAAGGGAAAGACAGAGAAGGAUUUUUAUCAUGUUCACGGCGUGGUGCCCGUGCCGUAUGACCCGGACUACACGCCUCCGCUCACGGAACGGGAGAAAAGGGCUCAGCGUGGCGAGCUUGGUUUAGAUAAGGUGAUAAACUACGAUGUAACAACCUUCAAGCGAAAUCCAAACGGUCCCGGAGAGCGGGGCGCGGGCUUUCAAACAUCUGACAAGGAUAAAUCUAAGGUGAAGGCAGGCUGGAAAGAGGCGGAGUUCAACCAAUUUGUAAGUGACCAGAUCUCUGUCGAGAGAUCCGUGCGCGAUCCACGUUAUCAAGAGUGUAAAGAUGAAUAUGUAAACUACGGAAAUCUCCCUCAGACAAGCGUCAUCAUCUGCUUCACCGAGGAGUCGUGGUCGACCUUGCUCAGGACCGUGCACAGUGUUAUCAACCGGUCGCCGCCCCAGCUCUUGAGAGAAGUGAUUCUUGUCGAUGACUUCAGUAAGAGAGAAUACCUGAAGGAUGCACUCGAAGUCUACAUGAAGCGCUUUACCAAGGUUAAGAUCGUUCGCCUAGCCUCGAGGCAGGGACUGAUCCGUGCCCGCCUAGCGGGGAUCCAGGCCGCACAAGGACCAGUCCUCACCUUUCUCGACUCUCACGUCGAGUGCAAUAUCGGCUGGCUGGAACCUUUACUGAAGAGAGUAAGCCUGAACAAGAAGACUGUGGUGUGUCCAGUGAUUGACGCAAUAUCAUCAUCAAAUCUUGGGUUUGGCAAGGCCGGGGAGGGCAUGAUUGGCGGAUUCAAGUAUGACCUUGGCUUCUACUGGUUGAAACAGCCCAUAAAUUACCCUCGGUACCCACGGAAUAGGCGAAUCGACCCCUACAGGUCGCCAGCAAUGGCCGGAGGUCUAUUUUCCAUUGAUAAAACCUUCUUCCAAGACCUUGGUCUGUAUGAUACUGGACUUGAUAUUUGGGGAGGAGAGAACAUUGAGUUGUCUCUUAAGAUUUGGAUGUGCGGGGGUACCCUGGAGAUCCUCCCGUGUUCCCGCGUGGCUCACAUUUUCAGAGCGAAACAGCCCUACGAUUUCGCUGGAAAAAACAACGUCGAAGUGUUCCUGAAGAAUUCGCAGAGAGUUGCGGAAGUUUGGUUGGACAAGUACAGACAAUUCUUCUACAUCAUGAGGCCAACGAUGCGGAAAAACGCUGUCGGGGACCUUAGUCAGCAGAGGAAGUUGAGAUUUGAUCUUCGGUGUCAUUCGUUUGAAUGGUAUUUGGAUAAUGUGUUCCCAACCUUGUACAGGCCUUCUGUAAAUAUCGUAAAUUCGGGCAAGCUUCGGAGUGUGAAGUAUAAAAAGUGUAUCGACCACGGAGAUGGACGUAAACUACAGCUAUACGCCUGUCAUUCGAUGAGUAACACUCAGUGGAUGGCUUAUGUCGCUGAAGCCCGACUUGAAUCGCUCACUUGGUGUCUAGGAGUUGGAGAGCACGCCGACGAGGUGAUUGUGCGCCUUUGUACCUCAAACCAAUACAGAACAUGGGAAUUUGAGGGUGGUAAGUUUAUAGACAAAAUAAGUCGAAAGUGCAUGGCGGCGACUGACGUACAUAAAGUGGGCCUCCAGGCGUGUUCGGAUGCCGUUGAACAAAAAUGGGAGUUUAUACCUUUCUAGGACCUUUCCAAAAUGAGAUUAUACUGUCAAAUGAAUCGGGCCACCGACUAACUUUCAAAUGCAUCGAUUAUGUCCGCUCUAGAACCUUCCAAAGAAAUCGACAACAUAUAACUGUUCGAACAGGGUCAUUCACUUUAAAAGCCAUUUUCAUACAUUUUUGAAACCAUACAUGUAUCACUCCCACAUUGUACUCUCCUGACUGGCUCCCUUCUAAUGGCUGCCGAAUUCAACACUUUUGAUUAGACAAUCCACCGGAUUAGAUGGAAUGAAAAUCACCGUUUACCAUAACUUGUCUCUGACAUUUUCACUGUUCAUUUGUUACGGGGAUAUACGCGUUACCUGUCAGCCUUUUCAGAUUUUUGUGGUCUGGUUCUCAACUCGUACAUUAUAUAUCCACAGACGUAUCACCAUGGCUCGAUGUCUCAUCAGUUAAGAGAGGUUUUGGUCAAUAUAGAAUUGUAUUCGAAUGUUUUACAAUAAAAUAUUUAUAAAGUC